AUGAAAACGGUGCAUGAAAAGCCGGCCGAGAAGAGAUCAAGAGUCGUGAAAGCUGGAGGAAAGCAUAAAGCCUUACUUGCAGCAUCUGUGGGAGACGAAGUUUGGCCGCGCCCGUAUGUCAUCGAGGGUGGCCUACGACGUGUUGAGCCCUAUCAUUACACCUAUAACACCUGGUGUAAAGAGCGUUGGAGGGGUCGAACUCUUCUUGACAUAUUUGAAAGCGAAUUCAGGGAUCGGCCCGUGACAUACUACAAAGGAGCUAUGGAAUCGGGCAAGAUCCUUAUCAACAGCAAGCCAGCAAGACCCGAAUAUGUUGUCAAGAAUGGCGAUCUUGUCUCUCAUAAAAUUCACCGACAUGAACCUCCAGUAACGGCAGAUGACGUUUUGGUUAUACAUGAAGAUGAGAAAAUGAUUGUCAUCAACAAGCCGGCUGGUAUACCGGUUCAUCCAGCAGGCAGGUACAAUUUCAAUUCUGUCGUUGAGAUGAUGAAAGAAAACCGUGGACGCGAAUGGACCGCGUAUCCUUGCAAUCGCUUGGACAGACUCACAAGCGGCAUCAUGUUCAUUGCCAAAGAUCCAAAGUCUGCUGAGGAGCUCAGUGCUCAAAUAGCUGCACGAAGUGUGCGCAAAGAAUACAUUGCAAGAGUCACCGGGGAGUUUCCUGAUGGCGAAGUUGUUUGCGAUCAACCGAUUCUUACAAUAUCACCAAAGUUGGGGUUGAAUCGAGUUCGAGCAGAUGGCAAGGAAGCGCGCACUGUUUUCAAGAAGCUUGCCUACUAUUCCGCUGCACAAGAACCUGGUCACGCGUCCGCAGACAGCCUUUCAAGGUCUACCGAACAGGCCGAAGCUGGACAAGACAGCCAAGACAAACCUUGGGCCAACAAGGAAGGCUAUUCGAUUGUACGAUGUUUGCCAGUCACUGGUAGAACCCACCAGAUUCGGGUUCACUUACAGCAUCUCGGUCAUCCAAUUCAGAAUGACCCAAUAUAUGCCAACCAGAAGGUCUGGGGCAUCAACCUAGGACGUGGUGAUGUGGCAGCUACCGAGAACACUGACGAGGACAUCAUUACACGACUGAACCGAAUGGGCAAGGACGAUGUUGCGGAUGCGGUAGCAUACUACGAUCAGAUGGUGGACAAAUAUCACCAGAAGAAGGCUGAGAAGAUGUCCGGCGAGUUCUGCGAGGUCUGUGACACGCCACUUUACACCGACCCAGGAGAUCAUGAGCUGUCUCUUUACUUGCAUAGUCUUCGUUAUGAAGACGCUGGUGGCGCUUGGAGCUACAAGAGUCCACUUCCCAAAUGGGCAGUUCCUCCUUCAGGUAUGUCUGGCCCAACGGCAGUUGGCAGCUUGGACGCCCUGGUAGAGGCGGUGAAGGAUAUCAACCCCGAGAUUGCCUAA